AAUAAAACGUGCCGAGUGUGAUUGUGCAACAGUUUCUGACUGACAUCUUGCAAUAUUUACGAAUGGGGAAAAUGAUAAUCAACAAGGCUGGAAGAUAUUUUCAUUCAAGAAUCGUUAUUUUGAAGUAUAACUUGGAUUGAAUCCGCAUCGCAUUUGAUCGGUCACAGCUAUGCCAGAACGACGUUCAUCGGCUCCUUUGAUGUCCACUGAUUCUGUUUCUACUAUGGCUACAGAUGGGCACACCAGAAAGAGAUCCUUAACUUCUGAGAAGGAAAUGAAAUCAAUCAUGGACAUUCUGCAGAAUUGUCAACGGGGUUCACAAGCAGAUUACCUGCAACUACUUCAAGCCAUUGCAAACCCCAAUCUUGAUCCAUCUACUCUUAUCAUAUGGAUCAAAGAAUUACAGAAAUGCACUUCAUCCCUUGGUCAAGAGUUUGAACCUCUCGUUAGAGCUCUUUUGCGUAUCAACUGGUCGGCGAGUGGUCCAAGGCUGAUGAAACAGUAUCAACUGUUUGUGACUCAUCUGAUUUCGGCUCAAUCUGUGUAUCUGGCUGCCGUCCUCACCAUGCUGGCCAAGAACCUCCUCCCAUCAGAUCCUCCACCAGCCAUUUUGCAUUCAAAUCCUGAAGAGCUGGUGGCUGAGCAUGAAGCUAUAGAGAGGUCAAAGUUCACAUGGGUACACGAGACACUAGGCAUGCUUCUACAUGUCGCACCAGCAACUCCCAGACUCCUUCUCCCAGUUUUAACCGACUGUUUUCCCUGGAUCAAGGGAUCAUCUUACAUAACAAAUGGCUAUGUAAAGAACCUGUUAGAAAUCACUGGUUAUCUACCUGAGCUGAGAGUCAAAAUAUUAGAGCUGAUAAUCCAUCGCAUGACGGAACUCGAUGCAAAUUCUCCUAAGGAGGAUAUAUGGGAUGCUGAGAGUAUUGCUGAAAGCGUUGACAAAACCGACAAUUCUGGGGGAGACGACAUGCAGUUUAAAAUGGACGGAGUUGAGGAAGGAGGCGGCCAUGUUGACAAAGAUUGCAUCAAGGAUGCUGGUGAUGAGAAGAAGGCAGCCGUCAAGCACGAGAUGGGUGACAAGCUGGACACGCUCAUGAGCACCAUGAUGGUAUACAUCAAAGAGUCAUGCUUUAAGAACGAUGAGUUCCAGUUAGAGGGAGCCAGACUUCUCCACAAACAUCUCCUUCAGGUCUUUGACAAGGUCAUCUUGCCGACCCACGGCUCAAGCCACGUUCAGUAUCUACUCUUCUACUUCUGUAGCUUCAGACAGGCAAUUAUAGAAAGCUUUCUGGAGUAUCUGUGGAAGCGCUUCACCAAUCCCAACACACCGGCAAUCCUACGUCAAGCUACUGCCUCCUACAUAGCAAGCUUCAUCUCUAGGGCAAACUUCCUUCCACACAGUACGGUGACAGCAUGUUUGGAUCUCAUGGUUGGAUGGAUUAACUAUUACAUCGAGAAGCAAGAAAGCAAUCCUAGAUUACUACAAGACGUCAACGUACAUGGACCGUUUUAUUCUCUCUGUCAGGCGGUGUUUUAUAUUUUUGUUUUCCGCCAUCGCCAACUUCUGGAGGACAACAAGGGUCUGCAUUAUGUGAUGGGACUGAACUUAGAACGUAUUGUCACAUGUCGACUCAAUCCGAUCAGAGUAUGUCUGCCGUCCAUAGUCAAUGUGUUUGCCACUCUAACCAGAAAAUAUCAGAUCGCAUACUGUUAUACAAUCAUGGAACGUAACAAUCGGUCGUUACAUCAAGUGACCAAGCUGCACUCCAGCGGGGCUGUGAUGUCUCUCUCUUCAACCAACUCGCUGGACUCCUUCUUCCCUUUUGAUCCCUACUUGUUACCAAGGUCUGGUGCGUUUAUCAAUCCUAUGUACAGACAAUGGGAAGGCUGCAAACCUGAAGAGGAGGCUUCGGCUAAAAAGAGGGAGGAAGAAGAAGAUGAGUUUGUGCAAUACGAAGAGUGGGACAAAGACCUCCCCCUGGGGAUUACACCAACGAAUGUAGCGUGCAUCUCACCAGGUUUCAGGAGCUAAACAACCCCACACCCUGGGGGUUACACCAAUGAAUGUAGCAUGCAUCUCACCAGGUUUCAGGAGCUAAACAACCCCACACCCUGGGGAUUACACCAAUGAAUGUAGCGUGCAUCUCACCAGGUUUCAGGAGCUAAACAACCCCACACCCUGGGGAUUACACCAACGAAUGUAGCGUGCAUCUCACCAGGUUUCAGGAGCUAAACAACCCCACACCCUGGGGGUUACACCAACGAAUGUAGCAUGCAUCUCACCAGGUUUCAGGAGCUAAACAACCCCACACCCUGGGGAUUACACCAACGAAUGUAGCGUGUAUCUCACCAGGUUUCAGGAGCUAAACAACCCCACACCCUGGGGGUUACACCAACGAAUGUAGCAUGCAUCUCACCAGGUUUCAGGAGCUAAUCAACCCCACACCCUGGGGGUUACACCAACGAAUGUAGCAUGCAUCUCACCAGGUUUCAGGAGCUAAUCAACCCCACACUCUGGGGAUUACACCAAUGAAUGUAGCAUGCAUCUCACCAGGUUUCAGGAGAUAAACAACCCCACACCCUGGGGAUUACACCAACGAAUGUAGCAUGCAUCUCACCAGGUUUCAGGAGCUAAACAACCCCACACCCUGGGGAUAACACCAACGAAUGUAGCGUGUAUCUCACCAGGUUUCAGGAGCUAAACAACCCCACACCCUGGGGAUUACACCAACGAAUGUAGCGUGCAUCUCACCAGGUUUCAGGAGCUAAACAACCCCACACCCUGGGGAUUACACCAACGAAUGUAGCAUGCAUCUCACCAGGUUUCAGGAGCUAAUCAACCCCACACCCUGGGGAUUACACCAACGAAUGUAGCUUGCAUCUCACUAGGUUUCAGGAGCUAAACAACCCCACACCCUGGGGGUUACACCAAUGAAUGUAGCAUGCAUCUCACCAGGUUUCAGGAGCUAAACAACCCCACACCCUGGGGGUUACACCAAUGAAUGUAGCUUGCAUCUCACCAGGUUUCAGGAGCUAAACAACCCCACACCCUGGGGGUUACACCAAUGAAUGUAGCAUGCAUCUCACCAGGUUUCAGGAGCUAAACAACCUCACACCCUGGGGAUUACACCAACGAAUGUAGCAUGCAUCUCACCAGGUUUCAGGAGCUAAACAACCCCACACCCUGGGGAUUACACCAAUGAAUGUAGCAUGCAUCUCACCAGGUUUCAGGAGCUAAACAACCCCACACCCUGGGGAUUACACCAACGAAUGUAGCUUGCAUCUCACCAGGUUUCAGGAGCUAAACAACCCCACACCCUGGGGAUUACACCAACGAAUGUAGCGUGCAUCUCACCAGGUUUCAGGAGCUAAACAACCCCACACCCUUGGGAUUACAACAACGAAUGUAGCUUGCAUCUCACCAGGUUUCAGGAGCUAAACAACCCCACACCCUGGGGGUUACACCAACGAAUGUAGCAUGCAUCUCACCAGGUUUCAGGAGCUAAACAACCCAACACCCUUGGGAUUACACCAAUGAAUGUAGCUUGCAUCUCACCAGGUUUCAGGAGCUAAUCAACCCAACACCCUUGGGAUUACACCAACGAAUGUAGCUUGCAUCUCACCAGGUUUCAGGAGUUAAUCAACCCCACACCCUGGGGAUUACACCAAUGAAUGUAGCAUGCAUCUCACCAGGUUUCAGGAGCUAAUCAACCCCACACUCUGGGGGUUACACCAACGAAUGUAGCAUGCAUCUCAAUAGGUUUCAGGAGCUAAACAACCCAACACCCUUGGGAUUACACCAAUGAAUGUAGCUUGCAUCUCACCAGGUUUCAGGAGCUAAUCAACCCAACACCCUUGGGAUUACACCAACGAAUGUAGCUUGCAUCUCACCAGGUUUCAGGAGUUAAUCAACCCCACACCCUGGGGAUUACACCAAUGAAUGUAGCAUGCAUCUCACCAGGUUUCAGGAGCUAAUCAACCCCACACUCUGGGGAUUACACCAAUGAAUGUAGCAUGCAUCUCACCAGGUUUCAGGAGAUAAACAACCCCACACCCUGGGGAUUACACCAACGAAUGUAGCAUGCAUCUCACCAGGUUUCAGGAGCUAAACAACCCCACACCCUGGGGAUAACACCAACGAAUGUAGCGUGUAUCUCACCAGGUUUCAGGAGCUAAUCAACCCCACACCCUGGGGAUUACACCAAUGAAUGUAGCAUGCAUCUCACUAGGUUUCAGGAGCUAAACAACCCAACACCCUUGGGAUUACACCAAUGAAUGUAGCUUGCAUCUCACCAGGUUUCAGGAGCUAAUCAACCCAACACCCUUGGGAUUACACCAAUGAAUGUAGCGUGCAUUUCACCAGGUUUCAGGAGCUAAUCAACCCAACACCCUGGGGAUUACACCAACGAAUGUAGCUUGCAUCUCACCAGGUUUCAGGAGCUAAACAACACCACACCCUGGGGGUUACACCAAUGAAUGUUGCAUGCAUCUCACCAAGUUUUGGAGCUUUAACAAAAAACAUCCAGAUCUGUCCUGUGGAAAAGAUUGUCGUGGCCGAGUAGAUAAGAGCACCAGACUAAAGCUCUGAUGCUUCUGUACAGCAGAGUGUGGGUUUGAAUCCCGGUCGUGACACUUGUGUCCCUGAGCAAGACACCUAACUAUAAUUUCCUCCUCCACCCAGGGUUAAUUGGGUACCUGUGAGGGCAUAAUAUCUUGUGAUCCCCAAGAAAUGUAUGUGAACAUUCAAAUGUGAAUGGCUUUCCUUCUUGGAGAUUGCCUGGAACCAGUUGCCUGUAAGACGUCUCUUGUGACAUGGCCCUUACACCAACCAAGAAGAUUUGUCCCGAUAUUGGUACAUUUCGUAAUAUUUAUAAAGACUGAAAUGUCAAUGUAUUUAUAUAACUGGACAUUCAUGUAGUGUACAUAUAAACUCAGAUGAAAGUCAUAAAUGUAUUCUUAUUUCAGUCUAGUCAUUUGAUAUUGCUGCAAAAAUGUAAGUUUGUAAUGGGCCAUAUUUGUUACUGCUUGAGGGUGGUCUCAAUGAUUCAUACCCAAAACAGUUAUUAAAUACUGUAACACAUUACCUCCCCAGACAUCUAAUCCGUACUGGACAAUAAGACUUUUAAAGAAGCCGUUUUUAUCCACCUCUAAAGCAACUACAAACUACGUCGCAACAAAAGUGACAGAAUGCCUAUUAAAACUGUGGAAGGACUAAUCGCAUUUAACCCUGGAAGUGAUAAAAAUACUAUUGAGAGCGCCCUCACGCGGUCAAAAAUUCGGUGCAUUGAGAUAAUCAAUGUUAUUGCCAAUUGUAUAGACUAUUUUUGUUAAUAAUAAUAAUAAUAAUAAUAAUAACAAUAAUAAUAAUAAAUAAAGCUAAUAAACCGCCUUACAUCCAUGACUGGACCACAAGGCGCUGUACAAAUUAAAGUAGCUCCAAACAAGAGGCAGAAAUAACCAAAGAGCAUAACAGAUUUCUAAAAAGAUACGGACCAGAAAUACGGACCAGCCAAAAAUUUAAACCACAAACCAUGAAAUUAAAAAAGUUAUGAAAAAAGCACUUCUGUGAAAACAUUAGUGAAAUAAUGAUAGUAAUAAUAAUUAACUAUUCUUGUUUAGCGCAUAACACAUAGUAAUUAAACAUGUCCCUAAGCGCUCUAGAGAAAAACGCAACAGAAUACAAAUACAAGAUGUACUGGGUAACAAACAAAAAUGGAUGGUGCAAAUUUAACAUCUCUUAUAUCGUUGUGCUACCCGCUGCCAAAA